AUGAAGCUUCAAUUCCUGAUCCUUGGUUUAGAGGCUUCCUUUGCCCUGAAACCUGUGCAUGCGGCAAGUGAUAGUAACGCGUCUCCCGAUCGUCCCAUUCCAACCAACGCGCCCAAGACAUGGGUUCAUCCAGGAGUUUUCGUUUCAGGGCCGCAGCUCGACUACAUUGCCAAGAGGAUCAAGGUUAGGGAGAAUCCUUGGACAGAGGCAUUGGAUUCCAUGCUUAACAUGUCGUACAUCUCGCCCACACGAACGGCCGAGCCAUAUGAGACGGUCGAGUGCGGACCGACAUCGACGCCCAACAUUGGGUGUUAUCCGGAACGCGAGGAUUCCAUGGCAGCAUACAUGAACGCAUUGGCAUGGUGGAUUACGAAGGAAAAGCACUAUGCUCAGAAAUCCGUCUAUUAUAUGGAUGCCUGGUCUAGCACGAUUCAAGGUCACAACAACAGCAACGCACUACUGCAAGCGGCCUGGUCUGCCGCUAAUUGGGUUCGCGCAGGUGAAAUCAUGCGCUCGAGCUAUAAACACUGGUCCAAGAAGAGUAUUAAGAGGUUCUCUGACAUGCUACGACACGCCUACAUCCCCCUCAUCGAGGACGGCGCCCCGCAGAAGAAUGGAAACUGGGAACUAGUGAUGAUUGAGGCUUGCAUAGGGGCUGCCGUCUUCCUUGAAGAUGCAGCUCUAUACGAAAAGUCCUUGGGGUUAUUCUCCAGCCGGGUUCCCGCGUACAUCUACCUGACCUCUGAUGGGGAGUAUCCCGUGCAAGGCCGUGGUCGGAUCAAUACUACCGCGGAGAUUGUCAAAUACUGGCAGAAUCAAAAAACCUUCCCAGUUAGUGGCAUCACGCAGGAGACCUGCCGAGACUUAGCCCACACCAGCUUUGGCAUCUCAUCAAUCUCUCACAUCGCCGAGACACUACGUAUCCAAGGUAUGGACGUGUGGAGAUCCACGGACGUUGGUGCGCGUGUUAAGGCGGCCCUCGAGUUACAUACCGCAUUGGAUUCAAAACAAAAGCCUGUUCCUAAGUGGCUGUGCAAUGGCACUAUUUCCGACACUAUGAAUCCAAUGUUGGAGCCUGCUUAUAAUGCACUGGCCUUUAAUUUGGGUCACAAAAUGCCUUUCACUAAGAAGCAGUUAUUGAGUCAGCGCCCGGCGGGUAUUAGUGAGCCUCCACUGUUUAUUGGAGUCGAGACAUUGACAAAUGCCAAAACGCCAUUUAAGAAGCAUUGAUUGAAAUGGCUGUCAGUCCUGGUCCAAGCUUUGACGUUUGGCGCGUCCAUGUUGAUCAGACCCGGAAUGAGACGCUUUGGGUGGGUGGGAAAAUGCCUCGGCUGGCUUGGGGUAGUCCGGAUAAUUAUGCCGAGGAUGUUUCCUCAACGGGAAACCCCCGCCGCUGAGGUUGGAAGUCUUGGAAUAUUGUUUAUAUAUGGAUGCAAGUUACGAUCCAUUGAAUAUAGCUUAUCCUAACUGUUGUAAACCUC